AUGGACCCGUUAUGCGCUCGUCCUACUUGCAAUAAGAAAGUCUAUGUCGAAUCAAACGGUGUGGUUCAUCCAUAUUGCGGAAGAACAUGCUCUUUUAUUGAUCUACGUAAUAUUUCUGCGAUUAUUGGAAAAUGUAAUAAUCCAAAUUGCAGUAAGCCAAAAUACUCUGAUGUAAAUGGCGUCGUUUAUGACUAUUGUAGUCGAACGUGCGCUCGCUCGUGUGCACGAAUUUGCGUUCGGGCGGGUUGCGGAAAAAGGGCAUACGUAGAUCCCACAGAUCUAUCAAGAUUUUAUGUUUAUUGCAAUCCCAAUUGCUUUUGGCUUGAUGGCCAAAAUCUUACAGUUACAAAAUUGACGUUGCUUGAUCCAAAUGAUUUGGAUUACAUUGAUGCUGAAAGAAAGUUUAUUAAAGGACUGCCAAACGCGAAGAUUCAAGGGAUUUUAAGAAUUCAAAUGCCCCAAUCCAUUGUUAAAUCACAUCUCAAAAUGAAGAAGAAAUCUGGAUUAAGGGCAUUAAAGAUGUACCAUGGAACACGUACGUUGUGUGACCUGGGUUCAUUUCUGACAAACCUUGCACCUAAAUGUUCGGGAACCACUUGCGGUGCUUGUGGCAUUACCCGCGAGGGCAAUAAUCCAGCUCGGUCGAAACAUGGUGGAAAUAUGUGGUUUGCAGAAUGUUCUUCAAUUUCAUAUGGGUAUUGUGGAGGCGCAAGUAAUUCAAAUUUGGCAAUGUUUAUGGUUGAUGUUUUAGCCCCCGCUGCAAACAUUGUUAUCGUGAACCAAGCUGCGGUUUGUAUGGUUAACUUUUUGAACGUUCCUGAGUAA